UUCACACAAACGGAAGCCUUGCACUACCCCUAAUAAAUAUAUUGAUAUCCCUCAAAUGGAAGUGAAAACGAUAAGCUCUACCAUUCUUACAAGCCCCAUCUCUCACCCUUCCGAUGUCCCCCUCACCAUCUUUGACCGCCGCACCCUUAACAUGCACAUAGCUGUCCUCUAUGCCUUAACUCCACCCACCUCCACGAACGUUAGCAUCAUCUCCGGCCUCUCCAAGACCCUCGUCCACUUCCCAACUUUGGCCGCCAAACUAUCCACUGACUCCCAUGGCAGCCCUUGUCUCACUGUUGGAGGCCCUGAUGGAGGUGCGCUCGUCAUUGAAGCCACUGUGUCAUCCAAACUAGAGGAUCAUCUGCCUCUCACUCCCUCAUCGGGUUUGAGACUCUUUCAUCCUGAAGUCAAAGACGCAAAACACUUGGUACAAGUUCAGCUCAACCGGUUCCAAUGCGCGGGGAGGGGGUUGGUCAUCGGCAUCACUGCCCACCACCGUGUCGCUGAUGGCCAGUCGAUGGGCACUUUCUUUGUAGCAUGGGGGAAGAUGCUGGCUCCCUCCCCCGUGAAGCUUUGGUCUUGUCAUGGUUGGUGGGAGAGACACUCUUCUUCUUCCUCUUCUUCUUCUUCUUCUUCUUCCUCUAAGGCUGCUAAAGCUCGGUUGACUCUGACCAGGUCAAAUCUAAGGCCUGGCACCCAGUGGGACCCAGUCCCAAUGGAUGCGGCCGAUCUAUCUGCGGGCUCGGCAGAGGGGCUGGGGCGUGACAGUAUCGCCAUUGAUCCACUUCCAGUCUAUGAUCAGCGGUGGCUCAAGCCUCGGGAUCCCCCUCUGGUGCAAUUUGAUCACUGGAGGAAUGAAUUCAUCCCUCUAUCUCCUCAACCAAAUGAGUAUAAUAUCACUCUGGUUUAUGUUGAUCCUAGUGAGAUCACCAACUUGUUGUUGCACUUCUCUCCAGAGUUCAUUAUGAAGCUCAAAGCUCAGACCAAUAAAUUAAGCAUUGAGAAACACACCACGUUUGAGACACUGGCAGGGCAUCUAUGGAGAAAGAAUGGCCGGCGUCGGUUACAGCCUCCGGUGCCACCGGAGUUUUUCGGUAACUUGGCUCUCAAUGCAUUUCCGAAAGCAAAGGUAAGAGCAUUGAUUGAAGGAGGGGUGGCGACGGCGGUAGGGAUCGUUCGUGAGGCGGUGAGAACCAUAGGAGAUGACUAUUUUAAGUCGUUUAUUGACUUUGGUAAGGUUUACGGAGAUAGAGAUCUUGUGCCUUGCCAUGAGAAGCUUCGCAAUGUGCUUUCACCAACUAUGGAGGUUGAUAGCUGGUUAGGGCUUGGGUUUGAUGAGGUUGAUUUUGGUGGAGGUGGAAAGCUUUGUGGUAUUUCUCUGACAUGGGUGCCUUUUGAAGGAUUGUCAGUCCUCAUCCUUGCUUUGUCUCAGGAUGGUGGCGUGGAUGUUUUUGUUUCUCUGCUUGAAAAGCAUGCUGUGAGAUUUAGGGAGAUAUCUCACUCUUUGGAUUAAGGUUAAUUAGGGUUCGUCUGGCUAAUUACAAGUUUCUUUUUGUCUUUCCAAGUACUGUUAGGUUUGAUCAUUUUAUAGAUAUAUGUAUAUAUAUAUAUAUAUAUAUG